UCGACCAUUUUGCAGGUUGUGGUCAGUUUGAGCUUGUGGUAUUUGCGGCCGUCAUCCGUCUGAGGUUUAUUCCACCUGCUGUUUUACAAGACAAACUCGGAGCAGUCUGCUCUUCCGCCCCAAAUCGGAUUUGCUUUAACCUUGCACUCUCCGCAAAUGAGCCGCGGCGAGACGCCGUGUCUCAAGAGACGUUAGCGCCUCAAAGCAACGGCGAGACCCUUGCAGACCUCCAUUGGAAAAACGGGGCUCGCGGCCCAGAUUCUUCCGGCCUCCGCCAGAAUGUUGCACACUGCCAUCUCAGCACAGGCUGGACUGCCGUUUCGAGUCAAGAGUUGCGUUUGAUGGCAUAACAAAAAGCAAAACACACAACAAAAUUCAGUUGGCGCAGCUGUGUCACUUUGACAUUGUUUGGACGCGUACUAAGCAUCAAAGCGCCUCGCUCACCUCCUGGCGAGGUACUUUUUGUGAGCGCGGCAGUGCUGCUGAGCGUAAAUUCGUAAAUUUGUUGCUUUUUUUGUGCGUCGACUUGUUAGUCUACAGCAGAGCGGGCAGGCUCACAGAGGAGCCAUUGAUUCCAAAGUGCGCAUCAAAUCACAAUGAGGCCCGCUCGGAGCUCUGUCUUCUGCCGCCGCCGCCUGGCCCCCCUCUCGCUGGCCCUGGUCCUGGUCCCGCUCCUUCUGGGCUUAGCUCCAUGUUGCCAGGCGGUGCAGGCGGAGAACGUCACGGUCCUGGAGGGCGGGACAGCCCAGAUUUCCUGCCGCCUCCAGAACUACGACGGAUCCAUUGUGGUCAUCCAGAACCCGCGUCGGCAGACGCUCUUCUUCAACGGCACGCGGGCCCUGAAGGACGACCGCUUCCAGAUGGUGUUGUUCACGCCACGGCUGGUGCGCAUCACACUGACCAACGUGAGCGUCUCGGACGAGGGCGGCUACUUCUGCCAGCUCUACACGGACGCCACGCACCACCAGGUGGCCACUCUGGCCGUCCUGGUGCCCCCGGAGACGCCGGCGGUGGAGGUCAAGCAGGAGGCGGUGGAGGGCGGCGAGGUGGAGCUCAGCUGCGUGUCGGCGCGCAGCAAGCCCGCCGCCGCCCUGCGCUGGAUGCGCAACGGCCGCGAGAUUCCAGGCGUGGUCUCACAGCAGGACAACGGCAAGACGGUCAGCGUGUCCAGCACCAUCCGCAUGCCGGUGGAGAGGAAGGACAACGGGGCGGCUUUGAGCUGCGAGGCGCUCCACCCGGCGCUGGCCAACCAAAAGAGGAUCCGACAUUACCGCCUGGAUGUCUUCUUCGCGCCGACCGUGAGGAUCGUCCCUCCCACCGGCAUCUUGCGAGAGGGCGACUCGCUGAGCCUGUCCUGCUCGGUGGUCGCCAACCCUCUGCCGAGGGCCAUCCAGUGGUCCAAGAUCAACGACACCUUGCCCGAGCGGGCUGAGAUCUCCGGGCCCACCUUUCAGAUUUCCCGCCUGAGCCAGUCGCACAACGGCACGUACUUGUGUCAGGCGCAGAACAACUACGGGCGAGCCGCCGAUCACUACACCCUGCUGGUCUACGAUAAUGUCUCACCCCCAAGCAUGGCCCUUCUCACUCCCGUUUCCCAUCCCAACAUCACCCCACCCCUCCCGCUGGACCCCAUAGAUCCCGGCGCAGUGGUGGAGACUCACAGCGCGGUUCCCUAUGCGGUGAUCGGCGGCGUGUUGGCCCUGCUGGUUUUCACCGUCAUCUGCGUGCUCAUCGUGACCAUCUGGUGCUCCGUGCGCCAGAAAGGCUCGUACCGCACCCGAGAGCCCAUUCUCGCUUGGUACUGACCCGAGCCGCUCAAACUAAUCAAUUAACCCGCCAGGCUCCUACCUUACCCAUGAGGCCAGUGGCUUGGACGAGCACGGCGAAGUACAGGAGGCCUUCCUCAACGGCAACGAUGCCAGCCAGGGCAAGAAGGAGUACCUACUGUAGCCUCUUUGUUGACCUCUGACCUGUGCCCCCCUUCUUUCCUUUUCCCCCCAAUCACACUUUAUACACAAACACAACACACAACACGCACACUUUGGAAAACGAUCACCAAAACUCUUACGCCCGCGACCCAACGGAGGCAUUUAUGGCCACACAAUAUACUUAAUGUCCAUGCGAGACGGUUGAAAAAAAAGCAAACAAAAGGUGGUUUUUUUCACUGAUGGAUGCAGGAAAUGUGGAACGAAAUAAUGAGGAAAAUAAGUGCUGUUAUUUCGUUGUGUUAAAGGCGUUCCCUAUUGCACAGUAUUUGAUGAGCUGACCAGAAUCCAUCAAUGGCGAGAAAUGUUCUCAGAUCUAAAAUUACAGAGAAAGAACAGUCGUCAUGGGGGGAGUUUUCGUAGGUACACGCAAGCUCAAGUGCUGUCCACCAAUGGAAAAAAAAAUAAAAAUUGUGGCCCAUUUUUCCCCCACUCACUCAGAGCUCUCCGGCCAGGCCGUUCCUCCGGUCGUCAUGACAACAAGUCAGAUUAGCCAUUGGCCUGGUGGUGUAGGGACGGGGUCACUUGCAUGAGGCGGGGCCACCUCCAUCCGAAUGGGCUGAUUUCAGCAGGACAAAAAUUAGGGUGUGUGAAGUCGUGUCAUUCUUGACCUUUGACAAAGAGAAAACUGUUUCAAAUUUAAAUCCUGUAUUAUUGACUUUUUGAAGUCUCUCCGUUUCCUCCUUUUUGCUCAGUCUUGUUUGACUCUCCUGCCGGUGGGGUUAAGUGAUUUCCUUUCUUUGACGCACGAGGCGAAGGCAAGUUGUUCUCGCCUUUGAGUUGCCUCCCUCCCUCUCUGUCAUUGCGUCCUUUCUAUCUCGCCGGCCUUCUUCUCGUCUCCUCCGCUUUUGUCGGUGCGCUAAAAUGAAAGGCUUAACGUCGGGCCACGUUCCUGCCAAGACCAAAAGGAAAAGGACUCGCCAGCGCAUUAAAGGAAAGCUUAAUUAUUUGCUAAUGUCAUUAAGAGGAUCAAAAAGGUUUAGAAAUCUUAAUGAGAAGGGCGAGAACAAAAAGGCGGGAUGGCGAAACGCUGAAUGAGACAAUUAAAAAAAAACUUGUGAACGCGAACACGCACACACACACACGCGCGCUCACACACACACACACAUGUAAACAUAUUGACAAAGCGAGUAUACAUAUCUCUGAAUUCCUUUGUACAAAACAAAACAGCAGACGCGUAAAUUAAACUUUUAAGAGAGAAGAAACUGUUUACUAUUGCAUUAUGAAACUAUACUAUACUAACACUGAAUAUUAGCCGAUAGAGGUGCAAAGCCAAACAAACUACUGUCCAGUGAACUUUAAAGGGAAAAAAAUAAAAAAACAAUAACAAAAAAAAUGUCUUUAUCAAAGACCUACAACGGCGUAUUAGGGCCCCACUGAUAAGAAAAAUAUAAUUCAGUCAGAACGUUGCUAGAUAAAUGUCACACUUUUUGUAUAACUUUUUUUUAAUGAGAUACAUAAUUAUGGUCCAGUCACGAGUGGCUGCUGAUCUCAGACUGUUGCGCUUAGGUUCCUGUGGGAAUUUUCAAAAUAACAUCUUAAAAUUGUGACUUGAAACCUCAAAAAAUAUCCUAAUAAAAAUAAUCAUCAUAAAGAUUUUCUCCUAAUUGUC